AUCGGACAUUGAACGAUAGAGGAAGAUGAGAAAGUGAAUUAAUAUCGUUGGACAAGGAUGAUGAUGAUGAUAAUAAUCAGAAUGAACAAUCGACCCUUGAACUUGAUUGCAGACAGUAAAUUAGAAAGAGAGUCGAGUUAAUCUAAAGGUAAAUCAAAGUGUCGUCAAUUGAUUUGGCCUCAAUUUCAACCGUUCACCACCUUCUACCUUUAGUAACGGCCAAGAUGAGGAUGAUGAUGAUGAUGGAAGAUGAAGAAAGGGAAAAUUUAACUUAUUAUUAUAAUUGUGAUGGAAAAGUAGGAAAGUAGUUCAUCUAAAUUUAGCUUGAUUAUGAUGAUCACCAAUUGAAGUGAACGGUUGAUUCACCAAAUCGGUAACCGGUCUGAAGAAUCAAAUGUUUACACAUUAAAGAAAACGGGACUUUAAGUGAUUACUUUUACUUGUGAAUCUUUUUUUGUUCAUUAAUCAACAACUACCGUUAAUUUAGUGAUUAAUUAUUGGUAAUUUUCUCUGUGACUGUUUGAACAAUUUAAAGUCCAUGUGAAUUAGUUAAUCGUAAAGAGAUUUGGUUUAGUUUGUUUCGGAUUAAUUUUUCAUUUGGUUGUGUGAAUUUUGUUUUUUUUUAUAUUUUCUGUUUUGUCGAUUGUGAUUAAUAAUUUUUGAAUCUUUGGUGCGUUUUGAUUAUCACCAUGAAAGUGAUCAAUUUGUUUGGAUUGUUUGUUUUUAUUGUGAUUCUACAAUCAACCUGUUCCAUUAUAAUUACCAGUGUAUAUGCGGGGAGAAAAAAGUUCAAAACCUUUUCGUUUGAUUGGCUUUUCCCACCGAUUGUACUUGAACGGGCCAAUAAAUUGGGCUUUUCGUUCAAUGGACAUUACCGAUUACAAAAGCCCAAUUUCAGGAUUAAAUUUAAUAUGCCACUUAAAUUUCCUAUUCACAUGAAUUAUGCCAAUAAUUACGAUGAGAUCGACGAUAACUCUCAGCCUACACCAAGCGAUUACAACGGACUUGGGAUGCCCGAUGCUGGUGCUCAUGAUCACGAAGAUACUAAUGAACCUAAUCAUGAUUCAAAUGGUGGUGAAUAUGCUGAUUCUAAUCAGAAUCCAUCGCAAUAUGAAUCAACAGAUCAAGGCGAUGCUAAUCAGCCCGAUGAGAGUGACAAUAAACCUGAACAAUAUCCCGUUUAUAACGAUAAGCCAAAAUUCAAAGUGACACCGAUCAUCACAUUAGGAGGUAAAUUACCAAAUGAAUAUGAACCUUCAUCGUCCAAUGUCAAAGUAGCCACUGGUCAAGGUGUUUCUCCGGAUAAAAUACCUUACACAGGUAAAGCUCAAGUGAGUUCUUUCAUUGACAAUGGACAAUUUAUCAAUGCCCAUCAAACAAACGUCAUAAUGAAAAAUGAACCAUCAAAAAACACUCAAGGUGGAUUAGUAGACGAAGCUUUUGAAGAUCAACUUGAGGGAGCUUAUGGUAAAUCGGCUGUUUCCUCUUCCUCUUCAUCCACAUCCUCAUCAUCGCCAGCAACAAGUGAAUCAUCACCCAGACAAUCAAAAUUCACAUUAGAAUCAAUUAGGGAGGAAAAAGCUGAUUCCAACAAUCAACCAAUUGAUCAAGGAUCGAGACGCGAAGACACAAGAAGGUCAAAAAUUAUCGCUCCUUUAAUGGUCGCGAAAAAGAUCAAAAUGUUAAAGAUUCCCUUGUACGCGAAAAAAUUAGCGCUCAAUGAUUAUUCCAAAAUUCAUACAGUUCGAUUGGGCUACAAAGGAGCACCAGCCGAGAGCAGUUUCCUAACGCAAUACGAGGCCACUCCGGACGUGGUUCCAUUGUCGCUACCACAAUCCAAAUAUAGUAAUUAUUAUUCAUCAUUAUCGUUCACCAAUGGAAUGCACGGAAUCCCUUAUGAGCCCGUUGGCUUUGGUCCGUUCGGUACAAUCAAGUGGAUCUCGAGGAUGUUCAAUAAGCCAGGAAACGUCGCUCCACCGGUUAAAUAUCGGCUGCCGACUAAACAUGUUCACCUUGGAUGAUUCAAGAAUUUAAAGUUCAACAAAAUAUUGAUUUUCUCUUAAAGAGAAACUUUUUUUCUUCAUCUUAAUCAAUGAGAUUAACCAUGAAAAGUAUUAACCUUUCAAUUCCACAAUCAUAGUCAUCCUGAUCAUAUUCAUCUCUCCAUUAUAAGUGAACUCGACUUUUU